CGGACACUCGAGCAGAUAAGAGCGAACAGUAUUGUUGUUGUUGUUGCUGCUGCGUUUUUUGCGAUUGUCGGCCCCUGGGUGCUCUCGCUGGCGGGGAUUGGGGCCACAGCAGCAGAAGCCCGACGUCGGGGGCCUGGGCGUCCGACGACCUCCUGCAGCUGCUGCGCGGCGCCUGCGCCGCGCUGGGCUGGCCGCCUGGGGGGGCCGACCGCUGGGCGGCACAGUUGGCCGCCGAGUGGGUCGUCGCGCCGAGGCAGCUGCCGCGCCUGACGCCGGCGCAGCUGGCGCGCCUGGGGCUGCCGCGGGAGCUGCAGGCGGAGCUCCUCCGCGGGCUCCCGGCCGCCGCCUCGGGGCAUUGAGGCCGCCCUCCGGAGGGCAGGAGGCCCCGAGGGAAUCCCAGGCCCCCAAAGGUCUUUCGGGGGGGGCGGGGAGUCGAAUGCCCGCCGGUCGUUGGAGGUAGGUAUUUUUGGAUGCCCCAGUCCCGAGCUACUUCGAGCGCCUUCCUACUUCAAGAGUCGAUGCGCUGUUGCUGUGUCGUCGACGUGAGCAUUUUUGUAGAAGAAAGCAAACACCACACAUGUAUUUUUUUGGUAGUUUUGCGCGGAUUUUUUUUGGAUCUGAGCUGGGCCCACCCGGCGGCGCCUCCGUCGCCGCUUCUGGCGCGUUCCGCGCGCCAGGGAGGGGUGUCCAGCGCGAGACAUGUGCAUGUCUCGGUUUCCCUCAGGGCCCGCUCCCUCCAUGCCACGCCGACGCAGGCCCUGGGCGCGACCGCCUCGGGCGGGCACCAGCGCGGUUGCAGCGGCGCGGCCGCCGCGGCUCCUCGCGGGCGCGGCGGGCGCUGCGUCCCGUUGGCGUCUCUGUCUCAGGAGGA